CUUCCCAUCACCAGCCCAUCACCAUCAUGGCUGAAGAAAAUCGCUCCGCUCCACAGGCGGAUUUCGAUAUGCUCAGUCACGCGUUUCGUAUUGCAGCCGAUGAAAUUCAGAAACUACCAAAUCUUCCUUCGAUUGCCGGUGGUGAGAGACUUCUUGUCGAGAUUCAGCAAAUGAGGAACGAAUCCAGAGAACAAUUUGCCCGCCUUGAAGAAAGAAAUAGAGAACGAUUCGCCCGCCUUGAAGAAAGAAAUAGAGAACGAUUCGCCCACCUUGAAGAAAGAAUUACAACUUCUCAUCAGAGCCUUCUUACCGUACUAAGCACAAGCGAGAUCAACAGUGCCGCCCGGGUCCAGAAUACCCAUCUUUCGGGCCCAUCUGAUCGGCUUUCGCCAUUCCUUAACCCAUUGACCGGCGCUGCCAUUCCUACCUUUCCUACGACACCUGCAGAUAUUGAGCGGAUGGCCGAGCACGAUGUGGAUGGUAUCUUACUACAGCUGGGACUACAAGCUGCUCCAGCUGGUACAAUCCUACCAAUGAAGAAGAGACGACUGAGAACGCACAUUGGCUUGAGAUCGCAAGUUGAGAGGAGUGCAUAAAGCCCAAAUUGUAUCAACAGAUUAUGAUUCCCAUGUAUGAUAGGAGGUAGCCGGUAAAAUGCAUGCGCAGCAGCGUCUGAAUCAGAGGCUGAUUUCC